GAACUCGCUCUCAACUACGCCCACACAAGUUUUAUCUUUAGCCAGCUUCAGCGUUUCAAGAUAUAGACGACCUGAUCAUGUUGAGAAGUGUAAUUCGUAUACGCCAGCGCCACUAGAAAUUAAAAGGCAGAGUCUAUUGAUCGAUCCACAAGAAUGCCGCUUCUCUCCCUCAUGCUGCCCCUCCCCGACGCCCACCACCACCACCACCGCGCUCUCCUCCCGCCGCCCGCGUGCGCGGCAGCAGCGCCCUUGCCGUCGCCGUCUUGCUCGCGGACAUUGUCAUCCCCGCUUCGGACACGGCGGUCCUCCGCCUCCUCCGCGAGAACGGGACUCCGAGUCGUCUCUCCUGACACCUCCGUCACCACGGACGAAGGCGCGCAGCCAGGUUCGGCAGAUAACAGCAGCAGGUGGGCAGAGUUCGCGUCGCGGGUGUCCGGCGAGUGGGACGGCUUCGGCGCGGACUUCACGGCGGCCGGCGACCCCGUGGAGCUGCCGGAGAACGUGGUCCCGGAGGCGUACCGCGAGUGGGGCGUGCAGGUGUUGGACUGGCAGACGCAGUGCCCCACGCUCGCCGACCCCGCCGCGCCGUGCGCGCUCCACUACCGCCUCGUCCGCCUGCUCCCCACCGUCGGCUGCGAGGCCGACGCCGCCACCGUGCACACCUCCCACCAGCGCCACGCCGCCUCCGCCGCCGCCUUCGCGUACGCCGCCGGCGGCUCCUACGUCGCCGCGUGGCCCAGGGGCCCCGCGCCCGUGCUCGAGGUGGAGCACUGCGUCGUGCGCCCCGGCAGCGCCGAGGCGCGGGUCCGGGUGGUGCAGACCGUGGCGCUGGGGAAGGAGGCCCGCCUGCGCGGCCUCAAGGUGUUCUCCGAGCAAUGGUACGGCCCGUUCCGCAACGGCGAGCAGCUCGGCGGCUGCGCCGUCCGGGAGACCGCCUUCGCGGCCGGCGAGAAGCUCGACGUCGCCGAGGUGCUGGGCCACUGGGAGACCACGGACGCCGCGGCUGUGAGGUUCUCCGACGAGCUGGACCCCGAGACCGGCAAGUUCGCGGAGCUGUCGCCCGACGAACCAAGCAAGCUGCGGAGAGAAGCGGACGGCGUCGUGGCGCUGCCGAAGCAGCUGUGGAGCGCGUUCAGGGAGCACAGCGACGGCGAGUUCCUGUGCGAGGUCGGGUGGGCGCUGGGCGGCGGCACCGCGGUGACGUCGCGGUGCGUUUUGUCCAAGGACGGCGACGUCAAGGAGAUCGCCGCUGCCUACGAGUCCCGGCUGUCGGGGGGCACCUGAUCUCAACCUUCAGCUUCAUCCAGAAUUGUUCAGGCUCCAGACCAAAACGCGUGCCAGGCUACCGGCGGCGGCGCCUGCCUAGCAGCGCUCGCCGUUAACACCUCACCCACGGUUUCCCGUAGGCGAAUCGCGCUUUGGUUCGUUCGUCCGGUGGCAGCCGGAAGCCUCUCACGCGGCACUUCUGCGUUUUGCACUUUUGCUGGUCUGGCCGCUUCGCACAUGGUCCGGCAGAACAUGCGACUCCAGUCCUGGGAAAAGACCAAGUAAUAGAUCUUGCAUUUUUUUUAAAAAAAAAUUAUCAAGUGCAAAUUUGGAAGGAAAUAUGAUCUCAGAAAACAGAAGCUCCUUCAAACCACCAGUAACAUAAGGAACAAAUAACAAACUGAAUGCACCUCUUUUGGUACUUUGAAUCGCUAGACAGGAUUUCAACUACAUGAACAUAUACCACUACUACAUAUAUAUAGCCCAUACUAGUGUCUCUCAUAACAAACUAUACUAUUACUUGCCAGCCCACACUUAUUUGGGAUCAUAAAUACUACUAAAUGAAUCGAUUUGCUCUCUUCUCGUACAUCCCAGACCCGAAUUCAGGUCGUGGAGAAAUUAUGAAUAAGAAAAGAGAACAAAAUCUGUAUGUACAUCACGUGUGCAUCAGUGUACUUGAGGUGCAUCUCUCAAGUUACAUUCAAAGUGGUUUCCAUUGGUUGCCACCCAAGCCCAACUUUGUUGCCUUGCAUCAUAGCUACGAAUUCGGCAUAGUCAAUUUGACCAUCCUGAAAGGAAAAUACAAGGCAUAUCAGCACAUGCAUUAAUCAUUCAGUAAACUAGAACUCCUCAGAAGCACCAUUGGAUGUUGGACUAGGUAGCCAAAACAACCGUGGCAUGGUUUUCUUCCUAUAUUAUCAAGGUUGUAUAAUUCAGUAAUAUACUGCCUGCUUUUCAGGUCAAAGCUAAAAAUAGCCAACCUUAGAAAACUUCUUGAGUAUGAGAAUUCUCGCAGCUAUAUUCAAAACCAAUGGUGAGUGGUCUCUCAGGAGAUUAACAAUGCUCGUGCUGUCACCAAAUGUAUUUUUUUUCUAUCCUUCAAUGUUGAUGAAAUGGACAGCUGUGGGUUAGGUGUGAUUAUGUUGGUUGAUGCCCAACCAGGCAGCCACCAAAGGUGUUUAUUCUAUUAAUAAAAUGUUAUUCAGGAUAAGGAACCA